CCGACUGGCAGCGCGCGGCUGCGCUUGCGCCCUGAUGCCUGUCGCCAUCUUGCCCCUUCUGAGGCACCGCAAACAAACCCAAUUCCUGGUGUUCCCUAGUCUUGGCGGAGGAGCCUUUUAGAUGAGCCCCGAAAGGCCGGGCAGGGAAGACAAGCUCUUUGGGGCUACCAAAAAGAAGCAGCAAUGCCUGUUGUGUGGCCAACCCUUUUGGAUCUCAGCAGGGAUGAAUGCAAAAGGAUUCUUAGAAAAUUGGAAUUGGAGGCAUAUGCUGGAGUUAUCAGUGCACUUCGGGCACAGGGGGAUCUCACCAAGGAAAAGAAAGAUCUUCUUGGAGAACUCUCAAAAGUUCUUAGCAUCUCAACAGAGCGCCACCGUGCUGAAGUUCGGAGAGCAGUAAACGAUGAACGGUUAACAACAAUUGCACAUAAAAUGAAUUUAUCCUUAUAUUUGGGUGAAAGACCAAGUUACAGUAUGUCUGGACCUAAUAGCUCUUCAGAAUGGUCCAUUGAGGGUCGUCGCUUGGUUCCACUGAUGCCCCGGUUGGUUCCUCAAACCGCCUUCACGGUAACAGCUAACGCUGUUGCCAAUGCAGCUAUCCAGCACAAUGCAUCUCUUCCAGUGCCUGCAGAAACCGGAAGCAAGGAAGUAGUGGUUUGCUAUUCCUACACAAGUACCACGUCAACCCCAACCUCUACCCCUGUUCCAAGUGGCAGCAUAGCAACGGUUAAGUCUCCAAGACCUGCCAGUCCUGCCUCCAAUGUAGUUGUCUUGCCAAGUGGAAGUACUGUUUAUGUCAAAAGUGUUAGCUGUUCAGAUGAAGAUGAAAAACCCAGAAAACGAAGGCGAACAAAUUCUUCUAGCUCCUCCCCCGUUGUCCUAAAGGAAGUUCCAAAGGCUGUUGUUCCUGUCUCAAAGACUAUCACUGUGCCUGUGAGUGGCAGUCCCAAGAUGAGCAACAUCAUGCAGAGCAUUGCCAACUCCUUACCACCCCACAUGUCUCCUGUGAAAAUAACCUUCACCAAACCAUCAACACAGACGACAAACACAACAACACAGAAGGUUAUUAUAGUGACCACAUCACCAAGCUCAACCUUCGUGCCCAACAUUCUCUCCAAAUCCCAUAACUAUGCAGCAGUCACUAAGCUUGUACCAACAUCAGUCAUUGCUUCCACAACCCAGAAGCCACCAGUGGUUAUAACUGCUUCACAAUCCUCCCUGGUCAGUAGUAGCAGCAGUGGCAGCAGCAGUUCUACACCAUCACCUAUUCCUAACACAGUUGCAGUGACAGCUGUGGUAUCUUCCACACCAUCCGUGGUCAUGUCAACAGUAGCACAAGGUGUGUCUACAUCAGCGAUCAAAAUGGCAUCAACCAGGCUUCCUUCCCCCAAAAGUUUAGUGGGCGCCCCAACUCAGAUUCUCGCACAGUUUCCUAAACAGCAUCAACAAUCUCCUAAGCAGCAGUUACAUCAAGUGCAGCAGCAGACCCCGCAGCAUGUGGCCCAGCCUGCGCCAGUAUCUCAUCAGCAGCAACCUCAGCAGUCUCCUUUGCCACCUGGUAUCAAGCCAACUAUUCAAAUCAAACAGGAGUCAGGUGUUAAAAUCAUCACACAACAAGUUCAACCAAGUAAAAUCUUACCCAAACCAGUGACAGCAACUCUGCCCACCAGUAGCAAUUCCCCUAUUAUGGUGGUUAGCAGUAAUGGUGCAAUUAUGACAACUAAACUGGUAACCACUCCUACUGGCACACAGGCAACCUAUACCCGGCCAACAGUGAGCCCGUCCAUAGGUCGGAUGGCUGCAACCCCUGGAGCUGCAACUUACGUGAAAACUACCAGUGGUAGCAUCAUUACAGUUGUACCCAAGUCAUUAGCCACCUUGGGGGGCAAGAUAAUUAGCAGUAAUAUAGUUUCUGGAACGACAACCAAAAUCACUACAAUCCCAAUGACUUCCAAGCCUAAUGUGAUUGUUGUGCAAAAGACUACAGGAAAAGGAACGACUAUUCAAGGCCUCCCCGGCAAAAACGUUGUCACGACAUUGCUAAAUGCUGGAGGAGAAAAGACUAUUCAGACGGUGCCAACAGGAGCAAAGCCAGCUAUUAUCACUGCUACAAGACCCAUCACCAAAAUGAUUGUAACUCAACCAAAAGGAAUAGGUUCCACAGUUCAACCAGCAGCUAAAAUCAUCCCGACAAAAAUUGUUUAUGGGCAGCAAGGGAAAACACAGGUUCUAAUUAAACCCAAACCAGUGACAUUUCAAGCCACAGUUGUUAGUGAACAGACAAGGCAGCUGGUCACAGAAACAUUACAGCAAGCAUCUAGGGUGGCAGAAGCUGGUAAUUCAUCUAUUCAAGAGGGAAAAGAAGACCCACAGAGUUAUACAGAUAGUAGUUCCUCUUCUACAGAGUCCUCCCAAAGUUCCCAAGAUUCCCAGCCUGUAGUUCAUGUAAUUGCUUCCCGGCGUCAGGAUUGGUCAGAACAUGAGAUUGCAAUGGAGACUAGUCCCACCAUAAUUUAUCAGGAUGUAUCCAGUGAAUCACAAUCAGCUACUUCAACAAUCAAAGCUCUAUUAGAACUCCAACAGACAACAGUAAAGGAAAAAUUGGAAUCUAAACCAAGACAACCCACUAUUGACUUGAGUCAGAUGGCAGUGCCUAUUCAGAUGACCCAGGAAAAGAGACAUUCUCCUGAGAGUCCAUCCAUUGCUGUGGUAGAGUCAGAACUAGUUGCUGAAUACAUCACUACUGAACGCACUGAUGAGGGGACAGAGGUUGCUUUUCCCCUUCUAGAUGCUGUGGUGAUUUCUGGAGAAAUAUCAUCACCUCCUCUAUUUUCAGUCAGCCAUCGCUCCCAGCCCCAACAGCCCUCCCAGCCCCAGCGGACCCUGCUCCAGCAUGUGGCUCAGUCACAGACUGCAACACAGACUUCAGUGGUGGUGAAGUCCAUCCCGGCAUCUUCCCCUGGAGCAAUCACCCACAUUAUGCAGCAGGCAUUAAGCAGUCACACUGCUUUUACCAAACACAGCGAGGAACUUGGAACUGAGGAGGGCGAGGUUGAAGAGAUGGACACUUUAGACCCUCAGACAGGUCUGUUUUACCGAUCUGCCCUGACUCAGUCGCAGUCAGCUAAGCAGCAGAAACUUAGCCAGCCCCAGCUGGAACAGACUCAGCUGCAAGUGAAAACUCUGCAGUGCUUCCAGACUAAACAGAAGCAGACCAUCCACCUGCAGGCAGACCAGCUCCAGCACAAACUCCCGCAAAUGCCCCAGCUUUCCAUCAGGCACCAAAAGCUCACCCCUCUCCAGCAAGAACAAGCACAGCCCAAGCCAGAUGUACAGCACACACAGCAUCCCAUGGUGGCCAAAGACAGGCAGCUUCCUACUUUAAUGGCACAGCCCCCGCAGACUGUAGUACAGGUGCUCGCAGUGAAAACCACGCAGCAGCUCCCUAAACUGCAACAGGCUCCGAACCAACCAAAAAUCUACGUGCAACCCCAAACCCCCCAGAGCCAAAUGCCGCUCCCAGCCUCAUCAGAGAAACAGCCGGCAAGCCAGGUGGAGCAGCCAAUUAUAACCCAAGGAUCCUCUGUUACAAAGAUAACUUUUGAGGGGCGCCAGCCUCCCACAGUUACAAAGAUAACUGGUGGCAGUUCUGUGCCUAAGCUGACAUCACCAGUUACAAGCAUAUCUCCCAUUCAGGCCUCUGAGAAGACAGCAGUGUCAGACAUUUUGAAAAUGUCUUUGAUGGAAGCUCAGAUUGAUACAAAUGUAGAGCAUAUGGUAGUGGAUCCCCCAAAGAAGGUUCUUGCCACUGGUAUGCUCACUGGUGAAGCAGGAUCAUUACCGUCCACCCAUGUGGUGGUGGCAGGGAUGGCGAAUUCCACUCCCCAGCAACAGAAAUGUAGAGAGUCCUGUUCAAGUCCAUCUGCUGUUGGCCCUCCCUUAACGACAAGGAAAACCGAUGCACCAGGAGUGCCUACGACAGGCCAGUUCAUGCGUAUUCAGAAUGUAGGCCAAAAGAAAGCUGAAGAGAGCCCAGCAGAAAUUAUCAUCCAGGCUAUUCCCCAGUAUGCUAUUCCUUGUCACUCCAGUUCCAACGUGGUUGUAGAGCCCAGUGGGCUUCUUGAGCUAAACAACUUCACUAGCCAGCAGUUGGAUGACGAUGAGACGGCAAUGGAGCAAGACAUAGACAGUAGCACAGAGGAUGGAACCGAGCCCAGCCCCUCUCAGAGUUCUGCUGAACGGUCCUAAGUUUUUGGAAACAGGCGUGCACUUUAAAACCUACUUGGUUACCAGGUGUCCAGGGAAGCCCUUGAUUUUUGAUGUCUAAAGAGAGCACUUUGCCCAUGCUUAGGCUAUGGACCCCCAAAUCACAGUGUUUCAACAAGAGUUGCUGCAGGAGCAGCAUUUUAAAACAAGAUAAAACUCACAGGGGAAUGUACUUUUUUAAAAUAAAAAAAAUUUAAAAAAAAAAAG